AUGAACCUCACGACUCGUGCACAGGCAAAAUCGCUGUCAAAGUCGCAAUCACCCGGAGAAGACCCCAGGGCGAGGACGCCUAAAAGCCAGAAGGAUAAUUCGCCCCGCCCCUCCAGCGCAAAUCGCAAGAAAUCCUCCGAGAUCGCAGAUACAAAAGCAAAGAGGACGCGUACAGGCUGUCUUACUUGUCGCGAAAGGCACUUGAAGUGCGAUGAGGCCUUGGGUCGAUGCUUAAAUUGUCGCAAGUCGGAUAGGAUAUGCCGGCGCGGCGUUCGGUUGAAUUUCAUUGAUAUCCAGACGGUUGAACCUCCGCAUAUUAUCACGCGUGCGCAUGGCGCAAAGCUAACUUUUCGUGAUGACUCGCGCAUUAUCGCAUCUGAGUAUGUUGGAGGCUUUGAACGAUACCCCCCACCGCAACCAGACAGUCCCAUUCAAGAGAGACGACAGAUCCAGCAGGAAGCCUUGAAUUUGAUUGGGUCCGAUCAGUUGGCGAGUCUUUUCCAAUCGGUCGCGCAUUCGUUUGAUCCAUCUGGAUUCGAUAUUCCGCAUUCUGCAACAACGGAUUUCCUGUUGGGGCCGGAUACGUGGCAUGAUGCUCAUCUUGUGCCUGGUGACGAACUGCUUCCUCAUGGGACUUCACAUUUCGCUCAAAAAUUGGCAAUGAAACAUUAUAGCUCUGCAUCGCUCACUGAUCCAGAGCAAAGUUUCCUUUUACAAUUGUUUGUGGAAGAGGUCGGCCCGUGGAUAGACUCGAUGGAUUCAAUGAGACAUUUUACACAAGUUCUCCCAUUGCUUGCCAUUGACGAGCCUAUGCUGCUUAAGGCGCUUGUGGCUUGUGGCGCUCGGCAGGCUUUUCGUAUGGACCCCUCUUACGGGGCGGAAAAGGUACUCCAUCACUACGAAGCGGCCAAUCAUGAUCUAUUGUAUGCGGUCCAAGACCCGAAUCGUGAUUCGGUCUUAUGUGCGACAGCUGCACUAGUUCUUGGUAUUUAUGAAAUGAUGUCUUCACAGCCGCUCACAAAGCAUACUUCCGGGUCGAGGGCCUUGAUACGCGAAUGUGGGUGGACGGCGAAGACACCUAGUCUAGGCGGAUCCUGUUUCUGGAUUAGUGUGAGCAUGGAAGUCCUUCAUUGUCUAAACUAUAUAUGCCCCCUGUCUUGGAACCCCGAUACAUGGGGAGUCGAUAUGCAUAUGGAACAGGUGCAGCCAUUCUGGAAGAACGAUGAUCAAUGGCUCCACCGCAUCAUCUAUAUUUGUGCAAAAAUUGCAAACUUUCGAGUCUCCACGCAACAUCUACAAUCAUUGAAUGAUCCCUCUCAAAACACCCAGUUCAACGACGCAGUGCAGGAAUGGAACCAUUAUAAUGCUUGGUGUGAGCAGUGGGCCAAUUCCAUACCACGAUCUAUGAAGCCUCUUAGCAAUAUACAGCCAUGGCAUGCCGAAUCUAAGUCGCCAUUCCCGAAGAUCUGGCUCCUCAAGCGAUCGGCAAUUAUCUCUCAAUUCUUUUAUCACACGGCUUGCAUAGUUUUAGCCAGGGCUCAUCCCAUGGCAUCCUCACUCCAUAUCGAAAUGAAGAAAAUGCAGCAAGCCCACGCAUACGAGAUAUGCGGUCUUGCUACCAACCUCAAAGCCCGAGAUAUGCCAAAUAUAUCGAUUCAAUGCCUAGCAAUCGCUGCAGAGUCGCUAGAAGCUCGAGACUCGCAAGAAGAAGUCCUGGGCAUAUUGGAUAUGAUCACCAAGGAGACUCACUGGCGUUCUGAAUCAUUCAAAGACCGAUUGAAACGCCAUUGGAACUGGUCGCAUCCGCAGACUGUAGACCCUGCACAAAUGCAUAACAGCUUUUAUGAUCUGGACUCUGCAUUACCGAUUCACGGGGACUCUGAAUUCUCUAGGAUCACUAAUCCACUUUUGGAUUCGAGUGAUUUCUCAAUUGAGAAUCAUCCUUAUCAGGGUUAUUAUGUUGCUCCGCAUCAUCAAAUCCUGGACCAAUACAAUUACGGCUCUUAUCUUGUUUGA